UGGACCAGUCUGACAUGCCAACUGACAAUUGACAUCGGAAUUGUCAUUAAAAUCUGAAAUAAAAUUGUAAAUUACUACAAAACGAGAUAUUUACUGGUAUUUAAACAAUAGUGUUACAUUAUUCUUAGUCCUUAACGUAUUUUAAGUGCAUGUGUUGUGAUCGAAAGCGUGUAAAAUCGCGCCAUGUUACAAUCUCCCCGGAGAGCGAAAAUGUCUUCUAAAUUGUGAUUUGUGACGUGUUUUUGUUCAUCAGAAUCAUGGAUUUGCAAGCUGUAUCUACAUCUCAGGCCCAGCCAGCAAUGGCUGACCCGAGUACAGCCAACGCGGACCCCUUCAAAAAACCAAAAGAGGAGGUCAUAAAAUUCGUAAGCGUCACCAGUGAAAUACUGACGGAAGAGCAACGUCAGAUGUACGAAUCAGUUCUCGCCACUUGGAAGCCGGUCUUAUUCCCAAAGAGGAUUAAGAGAUAUAUCUGUCCUAAAUGCAGUAAAGAGUUCAAAAACUACCAAAACCUCUACCUUCAUACUACGAGGGUGCAUUCUUCCGAAGAGUCCGCUGUUAUGUGUGAUAUUUGCGAGAAAACAUUUAAAAACAAACAUUAUCUCUACAUGCACAGAAUGAAUAAACACUAUUCAGAGAUGGAGAAGUGUUACUGUCAGUUUUGCCUCCAAGAGUUCAGGACACGGAGAGCUUUACAUCUACACGUGAAACGAAUUCAUCCGAACACUCUUCCAGAGAUCAAGUGUCAUGAAUGCGGCAAAGAGUUCCACGCUCCGUACAAACUUAAGUACCAUCUAGAAUCAUGCCAUAGGACAGAUAAGGACAAAUACAAAUGUCAUAUUUGUCAUAAAUUGUACAAGAAUCAUUUGAACUUGAAUCGCCAUUUGCAGCUCCAGCAUGCGCCAGUGGAAAGACAUCCUUGUGUCUUCUGCCCGAUGACGUUCAAAUCACGUCACCAUAUGAAGCGACAUGUGUUGAACAUCCACCCGCCUUUAGAGUCGAAAGUUAAUUGCCCGGAGUGCUUGAAGGAGUUUAAAAAUGACCAAUAUCUGAAGGAGCAUAUGCAGGUCCAUUCGUCGGCCGAUUCGAAGGUGAAAUGUGAUCUAUGCGACAAAUAUUUCCAUUCGGCUGUACGCUUGAAGAAGCACAAGAAGAUCGUGCAUCCGACGAAGCCGAAGCUUCGCUGCGAUAAGUGUGAUAAGGAGUUUGCGCACGCGCACUACUUGAGGCGUCACAACAACUCAGUGCACGUGGAAAUUGACGAAAGUAACUACGAGCAUGAAUGCGAGCAGUGCGGCAAGAAAUUCAAGUUGAAGAAGUAUUUGAACAAUCAUUUGCUGAGGCAUGAACAGCAGCAGUUGAAGAGGAUCUCUCAGAUGGUGAAAACGGUCAUGGAUGAUGGUAAGGAGGUGAAGGUGCCGAAGAAACGCGGCAGGCCGAGGAAGGCGCGCGCGGAAAUAGAGUUUAUUAAAUGCGAGCCGGUGUCCAGUUCGGAAUCGGAAUCGGGCGACACCGAUUCAGAUUCGGAGUGAUUUCGCUCGGUUCUGUGUGAUUUCGCCCAGUACUGUGUGAUUUCGCCCGGUUCUGAGUGAUUUCGCGUGAUAUCGCGUGAUUUUUCGCGGUUCUGUGAGAUUUUGUGUGAUUUUUCUCGAUUAUAGCGGCGUAGGGUUUUCUAUAAGUUUUGGUGGUCAGUAACUUGAUAGUUGGGGAUGAUAUUGAGAUGUCGGUGUGACGGUGCCGGCAUAGCGGUUGCGAUUAACAACAGUUGCUCAGUUGGUAGUGUUUGGAAUGUUGGCGUAGAAUAUUUAAUCGAAUACUUAGUAUUCUUUAAAGUUAGGGGAUAGAUUUUUUAAAUUUUGCUAUACUAAAUGUGGAAUUUAUGAAAAUUUUAAAUAUUUAAUCAAUUUUAAUAAGACUAGUAAUGCAUUUUUUCUGUAAUAUUGUUCUCAUUAGAAAAAUUUAAUUCAAAUAGGAUAAACUUAUACAGUAUUUAGGACAAAUUACAUUUAGAAUUAGUAAAUUAUUGUUAUAAUUUUUUUUUAAUGUUAGGAUUCAUUUUUUUUUUAUAAAAAAUAUUUCAAUGUUCUUAAGCUUGAAUAAAACUACGCCAUUAAAAAAAACUAGUAAUUUAGUGAAAGAUUUAAAUCGCAGUUGUUAUGUCGGCCUUUGCCGGCAUCAGUUCGGUGAAUACACAUCGAGCAGAAAGAAUAUUCGGCAGAUAUACACUAGCUUUUGCUCGCGGCUCCACUUGCAUGAGAGUUUUCUCGAGUAAAAGAUCCGCCAUAUACAUGGCCAUUUUGACAUUGCAUUACUAAAUGAAACCACAUACUUAUCUACUUGGAAAUAGCACUACAAUAAGUUACUUGAGCCGUAGAUGUAAAAUAAAAAAGUGUAACGAACAAAAUAAAUAUUAAUAAAAAGUAAUUUUAAUU